UAAACGAGGGAAUGCGAGAGGGAUCAGGGUUAAACGAGGGAAUACGAGAGGGAUCAGGGUUAAACGAGGGAAUGCGAGAGGGAUCAGGGUUAAACGGAGGAGGAGAGAGAAACGAGAGAACCCUGUCUCUGUUCCUGCCCUUGGGGUUGAGAGUGAGAGCAUUGCUGUAGUAACAGAGACGAGCGGCGUCAAUAACAACAACAGUACUAGUGGGAGGGCCAAUGUAUCCCAGAGUGCCUCAGUCCCAGGACUUGAGGCUCCUCCCACUCCGAGUGCUAUCCGCCGCCGCCGUAAGUUCUCCUCAACCGGGAACGCGGGCUCUGACUCCAGCAACGGCAGCACCGGGGAGUCCAACGGGAACGGGGAUGUUUACCGUUCGCUAAGCGACCCCAUGCCUCACCGGUGCCACUCUGUGUCAGGAGAAGGGAAUAACAGCUUCUCUGUGGAUAGUAACCUGCUGGGGUCUCUCUCUCUCUCCUCCAAGGGGGCAGGAGGAGGAGUCGGAGGUGGAAGUGUCCGAGAGUCGUCCUCUGCAGCUGAUCUAUCAGAGUGCAUGGGCAGCGUGGCUAGCGACCUAUCGCUGUGCAGUGAUGGUGGUCUCCGUGACGACUACAGCAAUGUGAUCCGGAACAUUGUUGCGGAGCCAGGAGCGAUGGACAGACUGAUGACGGAUGACAAGAACAACGGAAAAGCCACAAAGAAGAAGUCCUUCUCUGACCCCAGUCGCCGUGGUGACGGCCCCCUGCUUGAUGAACCAGGGUUUAAAAGUCACUGUCACCCUAAAGAACCAGUCAGUGAGCUGGAUCAGCCUGGUCAGAUCCCGCCCUCCAGCAGUGAGCCAAUCCUGAGUGAGCAGAGAGAUGAGCUGUGGGAGCUUGGAGAUGAAUGUGGACACCCAUUACUUAGUCGUCAUGGCAACAAUGAAGUCGGGAAAUUCCGCUCCCAAUCAGAAAGCGAGGUGCACUCCUGUCUCCAUAGUGAUGACACAGACAGAGUGGGAGGAGGGGAGAUAUUGGACUCUGACCUCAAAUUAGCGGAGCUUGUGUCUCCCGGAAUGGGCCGGCGGACCAACAGGAAACGCCCCAACUGGGUCACCCAAUCAGCAUCAGAGGAGCGGGACCACUCGGAACCAGGUCCAGAGGACCAGGAUCAAGACCAGACUGAUCUCACCCCCCCAUUGCCUCUGGUCCCCCCCAAACCCCAAACUAGGUCCAAGCACGUCCGCCACGCCAGCGAACCUGCCACCUUCAUCCCCAUCUUCCCACCUCCACAGCCCCAGCGAGCCCAAGGGGAUCCACCUUCCCUACUACCUGCCUGUGAACUCUCCAUCCUGGGUAAGCCCAGCAGUGAGGAGGCCCCCUCUCUGGAAGAUGUGACCAAGCGGUAUAUUCUGGCCCUGAAUGCUCCAGGGGGCGAGAGCGAGCCGUCUGGUUCUGAGUCUGGGUCUAGAGGAACGGUGCCUGUACCAGACGGGUCCAACUCCAGCCCUGCUACUCCCAGUGGUGCCAGAGAACCCAGACUGCAGAGGAAGAGCAGUGAGGAGCUGACCACACCAGCCCCACAGAGUGCCAAACCCAGAGUGGAUAUGAGAAGACAUGUCGUGAUGACCCUCCUGGACACUGAGCAGUCUUAUGUGGAGUCACUCCGGACACUCAUACAGGGCUAUAUGCGGCCUCUGAAGCAGCCAGACAGUGGCUCCCUAGUUGAUCCCUCAUUGGUGGAUGAGAUGUUCUAUCAGAUUCCAGAGAUCCUGGAGCACCAUGAGCACUUCCUGGAACAGGUCACCGGCUGCAUUAGCCAAUGGCAUGACAGACAGACAGUGGGUCAGUUGCUUAUCCAAUCGUUCUCCAAAGAGAUUCUUGCUAAUAUUUAUUCAGCAUACAUCGAUAACUUUCUGAACGCCAAAGACGCCGUGAGGAUCGCAAAGGAGGCCAAGCCGGCAUUCCUCAAGUUCCUGGAGACCAGUAUGCGUGAGAACAAGGAGAAGCAGGCCCUGGGUGAUCUGAUGAUCAAGCCUGUCCAGAGGAUCCCCCGUUAUGAGCUGCUGGUCAAGGAUCUGUUGAAGCACACUCCUGAGGAACAUCCAGACCACCCGUUGCUAUUGGACGCCCAGAGAGACAUCAAGCGAUUGGCUGAGAAGAUCAAUAAGGGGCGUCGCUCUGCGGAGGAGGUGGAGAGGGAGACACGCGUCAUGCAGGAGAUAGAAGCCCACAUCGAGGGAGUGGAACACGUCAGAGAUAUCCUUAACCCAAUGAGGAAGUUCCUGAGACAGGAGAUGGUGAUGGAGGCGAAGACGGUGGGGGGUAAGAAGGACCGCUCUCUCUUCCUCUUCAGUGAUCUGCUCAUCUGCACCACCCUCAAGAGGAAGUCUGGUUCCCUGAGACGCAGCUCCAUGAGCCUGUACUCUGUUGCCAGUGUGAUCGACACUUCCAGUAAAUAUAAAUUCCUGUGGAAACUUCCCCUAGAGGACGUGGAGAUGGUGAAAAACCCCUCCCAGGCAACCAACAAAGAGACCAUCCAGAAGAUGAUUGGUCGACUGGACGAGGACCUGAGUACACUGGGACAGAUCAGCAAACUAUCAGAGACUCUCAGCUUCCCUCACCAGUCUCUGGAUGAUGUGAUAAAGGACCUGAUGGCGUCGGUCCACAGGGAGCUUGCAGAGAAACAGUCUCUAGCCUUCAGUAUGAGCUUCCUGCCCACCAAGCUGGAGCUGACCACCGCCUCGGCAGAAACCAGCUUCGUCUUCGAGUUCAGCUCCCCAGACACACGCAGCAACUUCCAACAGGCCUUCGAAGAUGCCAAGAAGAAACUGGCAAUGAAUAAGGACCAGUGGGACCCAGAGUUCCUGAAGGCUAUCCCCAUUAUGAAGACUCGUAGUGGGAUGCAGUUCUCCUGUGCCUCCCCCAGCCACAGUUGUCCAGAGAGCAGCAGUGAGGUGUGGGUGUGUAACAGUGAUGGUUACGUGGGCCAGGUGUGUCUGCUCAACAUCAGAGACCAGCCCACUGUAGAGGCCUGUAUCGCUGUCUGCUCUGCUAGGAUCAUCUGCAUCGCCGCGGUCCCUGGACUCAAGGGGAGGGAACGUGGAGUGGAGCACUCCCCAGCCCCUCCCCCUGGAGCUGUUGACUCCACCCCAUCCCGGCAGCAGCAGCUACACAUCUCCAUCUCUCAUUCGUCGCUGGAGCUGACCGAGCCCCCUUCAGGGGCGGGGCCAGAGUUAGUUCCAUUCGAUAGUGAUGACACGGACGAUGAAGAUUCUCCUAGCCCCUCCUCCACUCUGCAGAGCCAAGCCAGUCACUCCACUGUGUCAUCCAGCUAUGGCAAUGAGGAGGGGUCUGGUUCUAAGGACCUGGCUACAGAGACCACCAGUAGUGAGGAGGAGCAGGACUACCCCGUGGCCAGUUCUUAUGGAGCUCCAGGCAGGCCAGGGGUGGGUGGAAGAGGUCGACCCCACAGCGAGAGCCCCAUGGACGGGAGAGCGAUGCGGCGCUCCUCCGGGGGAUCCUUCACCAGAGCCAGUCUGGAGGAUCUGCUCAGCAUUGACCCGGAGGCUUACCAGAGCUCUGUGUGGCUGGGCACAGAGGACGGAUGUAUCCAUGUGUACCAGUCAUCAGACAACAUCCGAAACCGCAAGAACAGCAUGAAGAUGCAGCAUUCUGCCCCCAUCCUGUGUAUUCUAUACCUAGACAACAAGGUGUUUGCGUCCCUGGCCAACGGAGAUGUGAUCGUCUACCAGAGGGAGGUGGGGAGUUUCUGGGAUGCCCAGUCAUCUCAGACGUUGAGUCUUGGCACGCCCAGUAGUCCUGUCACUAAGAUGGUCCCGGUCGGAGGGAAGCUGUGGUGUGGUUCACAGAACCGCGUUCUCAUCAUCAACACAACCACACUGGUGCAAGAGCACUGGUUCCAGGUGGGCACAGACAGCAGUAGGUGUAUUACCUGCAUGGUGAGCUACGGCCAGGGAGUGUGGCUGGCGCUCCAGGGUAGUGCCCAGAUCAGACUUUACCACGCCCAGACCUGGGACAGCCUGACGGAGGUGGACGUGGCCCCCGCCGUGCACAAGAUGCUUGCAGGUUCAGAUGCGAUCAUCCGGCAACACAAGGCAGCGUGUCUGAGGAUCACAGCUCUCCUGGCCUGUAAGGACCUGCUGUGGAUCGGGACCAGCGCAGGGGUGGUCCUGACCCUGUCUAUCCCAGCCGUCAGCUCUGGGACUGUGUCAGGGACGCUGCGGUCACCUCUGACCCCCAUGGGCUCCGCUCAUGGACAUACUGGCCAUGUUAGGUUCCUCACCUCCAUAGAACUACCUGAAGGCUUCGACGUCAACUUCCCCCUGCCCGCCGAUACCACAGGCAACCCAGCCCAGAGUGGUGUUGAAGGGGGUAAUGGGGGUCUGCAGAGGCGAGAUUCCGCUCGCCGUCGAGCCUCCGCCCUCCUGCCCGUUAAAACCAAUCAGUUGGUGAUCUCCGGUGGCGAUGGCUAUGAGGACUUCCGGCUGACCAAUAGCAGUGAGACAGUGGGGCGGGACGACAGUACCAACCACUUACUGCUGUGGAGGGUCUGAGCCAAUCAGCCGGCCCCAUUUAUCAAAACCCACCCAUUCAGCACCAGCAACAUACUGCCCUGGAGGAUGUGAGGCCAAGCCCCCUGCCCCGGGUCUGAGCCAAUGAGAGUCCCCCGACCCAUUUGAACCCCACCCUCAGCAAAAACCACACAUAAACCCGACCCCUCCUCCUCAAAACCCACCCCCGUUUUUAUUAGGUCCAGUAUUUUUGAUUUAUUUUCUCCGUCUUCUGAUCUCUCUGUGCAUGGGUGUUGUUAGCCCUGGCUGAAAAACUACAGGGUCGCUUCAAACCAGGUUUCUGUUGUUGUUUUGGUUUGUUCUGAUGCAACUGUCUGUGUUGUUAAUCACUGAGUGAUGUGUCUGGUGUUUCGGCGUGGACUCUGUCUCUACAGACUUUACUAGGAGAGAGGGAGGGAAUAAGUGAGAGAGAGGGAGAGAAAGAGAGAGCGAGAGAUUGGGACAGUGACCAGAUAAAAGUGUGGAUAAGGACAGACCGAUUAGGUGAAGGAUAGGGAGAGAGAAGGAAAGAGAGAGAGAGGUUGAGGCAGACAGGCUGAAAGGGUACUGAUGGGAAGAAGAUUGUGAAUUCUGCAACAAGCCAAAUGAUGGACUGAUGGAAGUAAAAAUGGAACAAGGCCAUCCUAACACUCCAUCCUAGGGAGGAGAGGAGAAAUGGAACAAGGCCAUCCUAACACUCCAUCCUAGGGAGGAGAGGAGAAAUGGAACAAGGCCAUCCUAACACCCCAUCCUAGGGAGGAGAGGAGAAAUGGAUGUAACAAGGAAACUAAAGAGUAAACAUUAUAAAAGUAACCAAUGUGCAAUAUAUGGCAAGGGUACCUACUAAGACUAUUUAAACAUACACACACACACACACACACUUUCUUCACUCGUUCGACAAAACACAGCUCGUCUCUCCAUAGCCUAUGACAAACAUACACACACACACACACACACACACUUUCUUCACUCGUUCGACAAAACACAGCUCGUCUCUCCAUAGCCUAUGACAAACAUACACACACACACACACACACACACACACACACACACACACACACACACACUUUCUUCACUCGUUCGACAAAACACAGCUCGUCUCUCCAUAGCCUAUGACAAACAUACACACACACACACUUCUUCACUCGUUCGACAAAACACAGCUCGUCUCUCCAUAGCCUAU